AUGACAUCUGGUAUCUUCCUGGGCGACGACAUCGGCCGCAACGAAGACUGGUUAAGGAUCACCAGCGAGUAUACAUUUCACAGCCUCGAAGCAAUCGUAAAGAUCAACCUUGUACCUAGGCCGCUUCGGGGCAUGCUUCACUGGUUCUUUGCAGAUUGCAAAAAAGUGAGGCGAUGUUAUGCCCAAGCGCAGGAGUUCUUGAGACCUAUUGUCGAAAAUCGAAAUACGAAAGGCCAGUUCAAGACUGGAGACAAGUUUAAACCGAUAUUCAAUGACAGUAUCGAUUGGGCCGAGCACGAGAGCAACGGUCAUUCCUACGAACCGUCCGCCUUCCAACUCAUACUAUCAUUUACAGCAACACAUAACACAACGGACCUUUGCACCUAUACGUUAGCCCUGCUGGCCAGCAACCCAGAAUUAUUUGAACCAGUGCGCAGAGAGAUGGUCGACACCCUUCGGUCGCAUGGAUGGAAGCAAGGGGCGCUCGAUGAUCUGAAAUUGCUCGAUAGCGCGAUAAAAGAGGCGCAGCGUCUAAAGCCUAUCGAUUUAGAAUACUAUCAUUGCCGGCGAUUUGAAGAUACGUAA